GGCAGUAGGGAGAGGGAAUUAGUUUAAUCUUGAUUCAGUGGCUAUAUAGGCUAUUAUGUCUGUGUUAUGGAGACAUUAUAAAUGAUUGCAUUCUUAAAUGGUCAUCAUCAAAGGAUUUGGUUAACUCAAUCAUUUGCAUCUCUAGAUUGAAAGCAACAUGCAGGGAGCUUAGAUUACUACGUGUUAUCGAUAUUUGCAUCAAUUAUUGUCUUUGCAUUGGGGACAUUGUAAACUAUUAUGGUAAUAUUGUAUUCAGAUGCUUGACUUCUCCACGCAUAAAUUAUUCAAAUAAGCUUUCUCUUGGUUUUUUUCUACCCACUGUGGGAGUACAAUGCUUUUCCUGGUCUACAUCCCAAAUAAAUGCAUUAUUCCGAGCUGAAGCCAGCUGGUGGAGAGAGCCUAUUUACAAGCUACCGUACCAUGGAGGAAUAUUAAGUGGACAUGAUAAGGCGUCUUGGUAUAACUCCAAAAGAAUUCACAGCGCUUUGUCCCCAGAUGUGAAUACUUUAAAGUUAGUAGGCUAAACAGAACACGUAUUUGAUUUGUUAUAGUCGACUGUGUGUGGAUCACCGGAUCUUUAGUGACAAAAAGUUGAGACGGUUGACAGUAAAACAAUAGUAGACAUUCUCUGCGCCUUGCGCAGCUUGGAACAGUUAGUACAGACGUGUAGCCAACAGUCCAGGUGCGCGUUUUGGAAAUGGAGCGAAACAAUGAAACAUUUUCUCUUUGGAAGUUUAUUCUUUUUCGUAUCGGCACUCGAUUAUAAAUGUAAUGGGAAUAUAAACCGGACAUAGCAAGCCAACCACGAGUGUCGAGAAACAUGGCUUGCGUUAUCAUUUUCCAUGCGUAAUGGGCAAAUAACACCAGCUAGAAAGAAGCACCAUAUUUUACAGGACCGUGGACAGCGGUAGUGAUGAUUUCAGCUGGUGGAGUGAUUACGGGCCACCUUGCUGCACUGAAGAGGCAGGACUCGGCCCGCUCCCAACACCACCUGCCCAUCCAGUCCCCAGCCCCAGGAGAGGCCCAGGAGAAGAGGAGGGCCAAGCGUAAACCCAGACCCGACGUAGUGGUGGUCAGGGGAAAGAUCCGCCUCUACUCUGCCUCUGGGUUCUUCCUCAUCCUGGGUGUAUUGAUCCUGCUGAUGGGCAUCGCCAUGGCCGUGCUGGGCUACUGGCCAAACAGAGAGGAUCUCGUAGCGGCCAACGCCAAGCUAUCCACCAACGACACCAGGGUGACCCAGGAGGAAAGCGGUACACUGGCCCAGUUCUUUGAGCAGCACCUGCACUCUGAGAAGAUGAAGAUGCUGGGCCCCUUCACCAUGGGUAUCGGUAUCUUCAUCUUCAUCUGUGCCAAUGCCAUCCUGCACGAAAACAGGGACCGGGAGACCAAGGUGAUCCACAUGAGAGACAUGUACUCCACCGUCAUCGACAUCCACAGCCUGAGGAUCAAAGAGCACAAGUACAUGAACGGGGCCUACUCCGGCUCUUAUGGGGAGCAUGAGGUCAGGACCUAUGAGAACCAGUGUGCCUCCAAGCUUGCUGCUAACACCCUGCUAGGGUUCCCCAGCAUGGGGAACAAUGUGAGGGUGUCUCGCAGGGCCAGCUCUCUGGAGGACGAGGAGGGCCUUCUCAACGAGGCCAAAGGGGGGCAUGGUCUCAUGCCUUCACUCUACAGAGAGCGCUCUGGCUCUAUCUUUGGUCUGCAGCAUGAGGGCAGCCGCCACAGGGACGAGAAGAGCAGCUUCCCCAAGAGAUGCCAGACCAGGUCAAUCGUCUCGUCCUCGAUCAGCGCUUUCACCCUGCCCGUUAUCAAGCUCAACAACUGUGUGAUCGACGAGCCUGACAUGGACAACAUCACAGAGGACCUGGAGCACAUUCGGGUUAGGUCCCGACCCCCCUCUGUGGAGUCCCUGGCUGUGCCUGUUCCGGCAGACAUUGCCAAAGCCUACAAACCUCCCGACGUCAUGCUCCUCAGGAGUAACUCAGCCACAGAGUCCCACUCCUUCUCGUCCUCUCAUAGCUCUCUGUCCCCAGGCUCUGCCAGUGGGAGGUACCUGUCCCCCGGGACUGCCCGCAAGGACUUCGGCUCCAACAACUCCCUCCACAUGCUUUCUUCUCACUCUAAGUCUCUGGACCUGGAUCGAAGGCCCACCACCCUAACAGUGAAGCCAGAGCAGAGGAAACAUCCCAGCUGGCCCCGGCUGGACCGCAGCAAUAGUAAAGGCUACAUGAAGCUGGAGAACAAGGAGGAUCCUAUGGACAGACUGCAGCUGCCCCAGGUAGCAGUCAAGCAGGAUUACACCAAGAAAGAGAAACUGCUCAUGAUCUCCAGGUCUCACAAUAACCUCAGCUUUGAACACGAUAAGCAGUUCAUGAACAACACUAUGAAACGAGGGAGCUCUGAGACCAGGUUUUAAAUGGAACUCUUACAAAACCUGGUCUCAGACGUGUUUGUGCCGUCUUGCCAACUCCUAUGGUCAUUGCCACCUGAUGAGGACCAUACGAGUUGGCAAGAAAGCACAAACACAUCUGGGUCCAGGCUAUAUGAAGCCCACUACUUGGACCUACAUCUAAAAAUGUGUUUGUUUGUGUGACAAGAUCAUUCUGCAAUACAAUUCUAGCUGUUCACUCUCAGUGUUGCUUAGUAAAUUGUAAGUGUGAUCACAUGUUGUUUUGGGAUGGAGCUCUCAGGUAGUCUGUCUGUUUGCAGUCUAAAGAAAAGAGUGGCUGUGUUACGUGUGUGAGAUAUUUGCAGCACAAAUCAAUUCAUAAUCUUUUUUCAAAUUAGGUUUAAAGUGAACUUAGAAGUACAGAAACCUACACCAUUAACUUGUGGUUUGUUUUUCUUGUCACAUUUCUAUAGUCUUUGUGUUGUUGCAACACGCUGUACUUUUUGUUCAAACCGGUCAGUGUACGUACAAGAGUUGUUUAGAUAAUUUUGCUUUUAAUAAUGUAAUUGUUCUCAACACACACUGCUAUUUUUUUAAGGAAAAAGGCGUCAAAUUGACAAUUUACUCAGAAUAAAAUUAAGCUUUUCAAUGAGUAACAUUUGUCUUUGAUGAUAGCCUAUACUAUUUUGUUCUCCCCAGCCUUGGAAAUGUGCUGUGUUCACAGAAAAAUAUUUAACCUUGCCUUUAGUAGAUGUAUUUUAAACACAAAGAUAGAAUCAAUACUAUAAACAGUACAGAGUAUUUCUGCUCGCAUCUGUUUGUCUGAUAUUCAUUUUGUCUCUUGAAUUCUGAGAGUGAAUGAACUAAGAAAUUCUCCUAACAUUUGUUUUCUCGCACCACAAACUUUGAAUCGGUUGUGAAGGGAAAAUAUUUUAUCUUUGGAAGCAAGGAAGUAAAUGGCAUUCCCAUGUUGAACAAUAGGAGAUCUGGGAGUAUCGAAUUGGGAGCUGCCAGAGUAGAGAGGAGUCUCAUAAGAUGGGUCCAUCUGGAGGAGGAGUGAACCAAGAUGUGUGUGACUUCCAGGAAGCCUCAUAUUUAAACAAGGUUUGCACAUUGUCAAUACGAACAGGAGAAACUGUGCCGUAUACAUGUUCAGGAUUUGAUAUAUUUUCCAUGUUUUAUUUUGCUGAAAUGUCUAUCUGACUGCAAUUAGAAAGACAUUGGAUUGAAUAUUUUUGUGUCCCCUAUUUGUUAUCUGUAAGAGGUGGUAUUUUGUGAAACAGCAAUCAAUGAAACAUUGGAUGUCUGGGUGCAAGUCUAUUUUGGACAGGUGGAGUGGCGUGAAUUCCAAUCCGCCUCUCAUAGUCUUCAACAAUACACCCUCUGCCUUGCCGAUUUGGUCUGUUAUUGCUAUGCUCUUUUAGCAUGGGUAGACUAUUCACAAUAUAUCAUCGUCCCAUAAGCCACUUCUAAAAUAAUACGGUAAUAUCAUCCCACUGAGCACACACUGGUUGAAUCAACGUUGUUUCCACGUAAUUUCAAUGAAAUUAUGUCGAACCAACGUCGAAUAGACAUUGAAUUGUCUGUGCCCAGUGGGAUAUGGAUGAAGCAUUGGCUAAUCCUCUGAUGUUCUAAAGUAGUGAAUGUUACUUCAUGCAAAGUAAUAAAGAGUAUCUCUUGCUUUGAUUUUGUACAUUUGUAUAGAAUAUCGUGGCGCAUAUAGGCUACUGUCCACACAACUCCCGCUCCGAUACUCAUCCUAAACAGAAAAAGGUUACAGAUAAAGUUGGAGAUAGUUUUGGAUUUGAGAAGGAAGAUAAAGUUUGACUGAGGCCAUCUGUAGAGUUAGCAUCAAAGCAAAUGACAUUGCGGCUUCAAAGAACAAUCAACAAACCAAAGAAGCCAAUAUCUAUUUCAGCAUAAAUAUUAUAUCAAAAGAAACAAAAAGUACUUUGUUGUCAGUUCUGCCUCAUUGCUAGAUCCUCCCUCCGCUGCUCCUUGGGGACUCCCCCGUCACUGACGGCAAAUUACCUUGGCGGAGCAGGGCAGGCCAGGGUUAAUUGGUAGGAGCUGAGAGAUGCCUUGGGGUUUGGACCUCGCUCACUCACCAGUGGAAUGGGAGCGUUGGGUGAGACCCUGGCCUUCGGGAUGCUAUUCUAGCUCAUUAGGACGUCAAUCUGCAACACAUUUCCGGCAGGGGUUUGGGACCCCCUCUGACUGCCAUGGCAACAAAGGCACCCUCAGUAUUUAAACCCAAAUGCAGCUAGGCAGCUGCUUCAGGCACGCGACAAAGGAGAGCUGCAAAGGCUCAUGGGCCAAAACAAGAGAAAAACAUGAAUAUGAUAAAGAUGGCUUAAAAUGUCAUAUCUGUUUUACUGUCAUUGAUCCAGUAAGAUAGUAUUUUGAAAUUUGGAUGUCUUCUUUAUUCAGUUAUUCAACUUUUGAGAAAACUGCUACUUAUCCAAACUAAUGAGCAAACUAAAACUGUUCCUUGCCUCUGUCUACUAAUUGGGUUACCUUCUGUGAACUUCAGCACCUUGUUAUUGUCCUUCAUGUUUUAGGAAACUCCGCCAUUAGGCUGCAUCCAAGGUCACUCAGGGGCAUUACACUCCUAUUAAUAAUGUCUUGACUGAGUCACAUGGCCUAUUAUUCCCCAUCCUCCAGGAGGCGUGUUGGUAAACCAGAGAGUGUGACCUAUCCUGUCCACACUAAGCUGAGGGUGUCGGGUGAGUCAAUGCUGGAGGUCUUGGGGGACUCGACCGUCUCCUGAGGUCCACCUACUUCACAUUCUAAACCAUUGCAGUGAAAUCAGUGACCCACCCUCCUGUCACUAUCUCUGAAGGCACCUCUAUGUUCA